AUGGAUUUCUCUAUACUACUAUGUGUCGUAUUAUACAUCGUGCAUUCAUUGGAAUUCGUUGAAGCUGAUAAAAAAUGUAAAGUCCCGAAUGGUGAUGCCGGUAACUGUGUCAGUAUAACUAUAUGCCUGCCAUUGAAAAACCUAUAUAAGAAGAAACAUAAAACAUUAAAUGAAAACAGAUUUAUAAGACAAUCUAUUUGUGGUUCCAGAGACUCAGAUCCAAUAAAGGUCUGCUGCCCACCAGAGUCUUCAUGGGAACAUUUGAUUCCUAGGCCGGUUGAAGUCCCAUCAUCACCAGUUUAUAGAAGACCCAAACCAGAGCCGACCCUAAUACAACCCAAUACACUCAUGAUACCAUCAUUCAACAGCAGCGACAGACUGAUAGAUAAAUCAACGAGGCCAGAACCAGACCUUGAAGACUACAGCAGUGUCUGCGGUAUAGACUCAUCCAGUGGGAAUAGAAUUACAAAUGGUAAUGUGACCGCUGUUGACCAGUAUCCUUGGCUAGCUUUAUUGGAAUAUUCAUACGGCUUCCUCGGCUGUGGUGGAAGCUUGAUCAGCUCUAGAUACGUGCUCACAGCCGCACAUUGUCUUAAGAGCUUACAAAACGGAAAACCAUUAUAUGUCCGUCUUGGGGAAUACGACAUCACUUCCUAUCCCACGGACACCGUUGAAAUAGAUGGCGGUGGUUAUGAGGUUGUCACAGUAACAAUAAUAGGUAUUAAGGCUAGGUUUACACAUCCAUCUUAUUCUAGAGAACAGAAAAUACAUGAUAUUGGUCUCAUUGAAAUGGAAGAAGCAGUCAGUUUUAGCGAUUUCAUCAAAGUCAUUUGUCUUCCACAAAUGGAUUACAUGCCAAGCUUUAAUAGCUCAACCGUAUUCUACGUAGCUGGCUGGGGCAGCGACAAUAUUACUUCUGGCACCGCGGUCAAAAUGGAAACUAUUGUCCCAUACAAACUUCAUAGCCAAUGCCCAUUAGUGACUGAAACGUAUCCAAUACACCAGAUAUGCGCUGGAGGGGAAGGUGGAAGGGACACUUGUAGUGGGGAUUCUGGUGGUCCAUUGAUGUAUGAGACACCGAAUCACACAUACGAAGCCGUGGGUAUCGUGAGUUACGGCUCCAGGGAUUGUGGUAAAGAAGGCGAACCUGCCGUUUACACUUACGUAUACAAAUAUCUACCCUGGAUAAGAAGUGUACUUAGCGGUAAUGUGGACUAUAUGAGGUAG